GCAAUGCAAUUCAAAUGUCAUAAACAUAAUUUGACAGCUGUCAUAAAUAUUUAAAAACUGCAAAGGCGCCGGUCGUUUUAUGUGAAUAAUACAAGUGUAAAACAAUAAAAUGUCAGCUUUUCACGGAUUUCCUGAGCUCCCAGGGGCAGAGGAAAUCCCAUUUUGUAAAUUAAAUGAAGUUUACUGCUGUGCCAAUUCUCGUUACGGCAAUAUAUCAACAUUUACAAACUCGACGAAAAACCAUCCCGUAAUCAAUGUAACACGAGACAUACAUCAUCACAGGACGACUGAUGAAAACAUUUCUAUGUACAUUGACGUUGAGGAUAACUUACUCAAAAAAAUUACAAGUGUGUGGUACAAGCAGGGGUUUUUGGAGGCUCUGGCAGUGGCUGCUGAUCCCUCAGUGAACCGCGAGAGCCAGGCCCUUGCCUACGCCGCUGCAUAUGUGUUAAAAGUUGCUAACGUUUUCUCGGCGUUUAGAUACUUCUUGCAGCCACAUUUGAAGGAUAUUGGGCCUAAAAUCGUUUCUAAUUACUCAAGGACUAGAAACUGGGGUAAUGCACCUAUAAAAUGUAUAGCUUGGCAUCCUCAUACUACUAAGAUGGCUGUGGCAACAGUAGAUGACAAUGUGAGAAUAUAUUGUUCUGAGGUGGCAUUUGUGUCUACAUUGAAAUGUAAAGCACAAGGACAUGUGUCGUCAUUGAGUUGGAGACCGUUCUCAGCUUCCGAGCUAGCAGUAGGAUGUGAACAGGGAGUCAUAGUGUGGACUGUAGACCCUAAUUCCAUGUUCACUAAGCCGUCUUCCAGCAAUGCAGUGGUUUUGAAAAGGCCCGGUCACAGUCCAGUGACAGAUGUGAGCUGGUCUCCAAAUGGUGAUUUACUAAUCAGCUGUUCUGGAGCGGACACUUCCAUGUUAAUAUGGGAUGUUUCCAUGGAAACAGCAGUACCGCUUCGAAGAGUUGCAGGGGGAGGCAUCAUCUUCGCACGCUGGUCAUUUGAUGCUAGUAAAGUAUUUGCGGCUACCUCUUCUAUUAUAUUUAGAGUAUGGGACACAAAACGUUGGAAACCAGAUCGCUGGUGUGCGCGCGGUAACCACGUGGUGGCUGCGUGCUGGGGACCCGCAGACAUCCUGCUGUUUGCUGCCAAGGGGGAGCCGAUGGUGUAUGCACUCACCAACACUGGACUUAUGAGUGGAUCUCAAACCAGCAAAGCUCUACCAGUCCUCGACGUGACGAAGGUGGAGCUACCUUCAGGAGACACAGUAGGAGGACCAAUACUGGACAUGUGUUGGGAUCCCACAGGCAAAUACCUGGCUAUCCUGUUUGAGGAGUCUCAUCUAGUCACUGUCUUCUGCACCACUAGACUCAUGUUACAGCUGAAGAUUACACCCUGUUGUUUCGUCUGCGGCGUGGACGUGGAAGUUCCUUUAACCAUAGCGUUUCAACAGAACUUCGUUGAGGGAGCCUGUCUCACCAUAGCCUGGUCCAGUGGUAGAGUGCAGCACUUUCCCAUCAUAUAUACUGAUACAUAUUGACCAUGCAUUAUGUAGAUUGUGUUGUGACAUUCUUCAUUAGGUAAAGCAAGUUUUAUCUGUUUUCAUUGCCAUAGUUGAAUGAAAUGUAUAAUAUUUAUCUAUACUAGUAUUAUAAAAGGAGGAGAAUUUGAUUGUCUGUUUGUUUCAGUUAAAAAAGCUGUGAAAUCAAUAUACAAACACUUCCCAUCUAGUUUUUGUUGCGAUUUCUAUGGAAUCGGAACUUACUAGGGAAAGAACUUGUAAUAUUCCAGCAGGUAAAGCCGCAGGCUUAACCGCUUAUCUGUCAGCAUAUGAGACUCAAUAGAAAACACAUUCGAGUCUCGCGUAUAUCUACGUUCCGACAUACCACGGAUUAAUAUAUAAAGGUAAUACAUUAAAGUGCAGUAGUUAGACCACUGAGCUUCUCCCAGUUGUGAAGU